AUUAAUUUAAUUUUUAUUUUAUUUUAUGGGAAAAUUCGUUUAACACCCGUCUUCUCCAUCGUCCUCACUCUAAGUUACGCCACUGCAACUCUUUAUUUUGGAUCUCACUAUCAAUCUUCUCUUGUAUCAACAAUGUCAACUCCUUGAAUUCUUUUGAUCCAUCUUUAUACAAUUCUCAACCAUUUCAGAGAUUGCGAUCUUCGAAAAUUCGAGAUGGCUUUCAUGGCGGUCCUCGAAUCAGAUCUACGAGCACUCUCCGCUGAAGCUCGCCGUCGUUAUCCUGCUGUUAAAGAUGGCGCUGAGCACGCUAUAUUAAAGCUUCGGUCAUUAUCAAGUCCGAGUGAAAUUGCUCAAAAUGAGGAUAUUUUGCGAAUCUUUUUGAUGGCUUGUGAGGUCAAAACUGUGAAGCUAAGUGUUAUUGGACUUUCAUGCCUUCAGAAGUUAAUAUCUCAUGAUGCUGUUGCUCCCUCUGCAUUAAAGGAGAUACUCUUUACCUUGAAAGAGCAUGCUGAAAUGACUGAUGAGACUGUUCAACUGAAGACUCUACAGACAAUAUUGAUAAUUUUCCAGUCCCAUAUGCAUCCAGAAGACGAGGAAAGUACGGCUCAAGCCCUUGGAAUUUGUCUUCGGCUGCUAGAGAGUACUCGGUCUUCCGACAGUGUACAAAAUACUGCCGCAGCUACCUUUAGACAAGCAGUGGCCUUGGUUUUUGAUCAUGUGGCCAAUGCAGAGUCACUUCCUUCAGGAAAAGUCAGUUCUGGAGGUCAAAUCUUUCGCUCAAGUUCUGUUACAGGAGAUGUUAGCCGCAGCAUCCAUCGUUCAGACGAGUAUGAUACAGUAACUGGAGUAACACCUAUCACUAGGGAAAGCCUUACCAAAUCUGGAACAGUUGGGCUUCGUUUGCUUGAGGAUCUCACAGCUCUUGCAGCAGGUGGAUCUGCAACUUGGCUACACAUAAGUUCGGUUCAACGAUCAUUUGCCCUUGAUAUACUUGAGUUUGUCCUGUCGACUUAUGUGGCUGUUUUCCGAACGCUGAUUCCGUAUGAGCAGGUUUUGCGUCAUAAGAUAUGUUCUUUACUGAUGACUUCUCUUCGCACCAAUGCUGAGAUUGAAGGAGAAGCAGGAGAGGCUUUCUUUCGUCGCUUGUUAUUGCGUUCAGUUUCUCACAUUAUUAGGCUUUACAGUUCAUCCUUGAUCACUGAAUCUGAGGUUUUUCUGAGUAUGUUAGUGAGGGUUACAACUCUUGAUCUGCCAUUAUGGCACCACAUUCUUGUUCUUGAAAUUUUGAGGGGCUUUUGUGUUGAGGUGCGAACCAUGCGAGUUCUUUUUCAGAAUUUUGAUAUGAACCCGAGCAACACAAAUGUUGUGGAGAAUAUUGUCAAAGCUCUUGCUCGUGUUGUCUCAAGUUUACAGGUUCAAGACACAAGUGAAGAAAGUUUGGCAGCAGUCGCGGGGAUGUUUAACAGCAAAGCAAAAGGUAUUGAAUGGAUCUUGGACAAUGAUGCAUCUAAUGCUGCUGUAUUAGUUGCCAGUGAAGCUCAUGCAAUCACAUUAGCUAUAGAAGGUCUAUUAGGUGUUGUGUUUACUAUUGCUACUUUGACAGAUGAAGCUGUAGAAACGGGAGAGCUUGAAUCUCCGAAAUCUGUGUCUGAACCUCCAGCAAAGUUGACUGGGAAGACAGCAUUUCUAUGUUAUUCAAUGGUUGAUUCUCUGUGGUUGAUGAUUCUUGAUACCCUCUCCCUAGUUUUGGCAAGAUCUCACGGGGAGGCUAUUGUAUUGGAGAUACUGAAGGGAUACCAGGCUUUCACGCAGGCUUGUGGGGUUCUUUGUGCAGUCGAACCAUUAAACUCAUUUUUGGCAUCUCUUUGCAAAUUUACUAUCAGCGUCCCUAGUGAGAUUGAAAAGAAAAGCUCUUUACAAUCCCCUGGUUCAAAACGCAAUGAGCCUCUCACGGAUCAGAGAGAUGGCAUUAUUUUGACUCCCAAGAAUGUUCAGGCAUUAAGGACUCUCUUCAACAUUGCUCAUCGGCUACACAAUAUGUUGGGUCCCUCUUGGGUUCUGGUAUUGGAUACAUUAGCCGCCUUGGACCGAACUAUUCACUCACCACAUGCUACUACUCAGGAAUCAACAACUGGUACUAGGUUGAGCAGGGAGUCAUCCGGGCAAUAUAGUGAUUUUACCAUUCUCUCCUCAUUAAAUUCUCAGCUAUUUGAAAGUUCUGGACUGAUGCAUAUCUCUGCAGUGAAGUCACUUGUUUCUGCACUUUGCCAACUGUCACAACAAUCAUUGCCUCUCAUCGCUGGUGGUUUCCCUCCAUCAUCAAAUCAGAAAAUGGGAAGCAUCAUUUUCUCCGUUGAAAGGAUGAUAUCUAUCCUUGUUAAUAAUGUUCACAGAGUGGAGCCUCUGUGGGAUCCAGUCAUUGGCCAUUUUCUUGAGCUUGCUGAAAACUCUAAUCAACAUUUAAGGAACCUGGCACUUGAUGCAUUAGAUAGGUCAAUCUGUGCUGUUCUUGGCUCUAGUCAGUUUGAGGACCGCGUAGGAUCAGUAUAUCUUCGAGAUUCCCAAUACAUAAAAAAUGCAUCUACAGAUUUGGGUUCACUUGAACGAACUGUCAUAUCCCCCCUAAGAGUAUUGUACUUUUCUACUCAGAGUUUUGAUGUCCGCUCGAGAUCUCUGAAGAUUCUUCUUCAUAUUCUGGAGAGGCAUGGAGAAAAACUGCAUGAUAGCUGGCAGGAUAUACUUGAGAUGUUAAGGUCCGUUGCAUGUGCAGCUGAGAAGGAUCUAAUCACACUGGGAUUUCAGAGUCUUCGUGUGAUCAUGAAUGAUGGGCUAUCAACUAUACCUGUGGAUUGCCUUCAAGUAUGUAUUGAUGUUACCGGAGCCUAUAGUGCUCAGCAGACUGAGUUGAACAUAAGCUUGACCGCAAUAGGUCUUUUGUGGACUACAACUGAUUUUAUAGCCAAAGGACACAUCCGUUUGAGUACUGAAGGAAUUGAGAAAGCAGAUAAUGAGAAGAGGGAAGAGGAAACAUUAAAUCCAUACAAAGCUAAUGAUCAAGCUUCUAUAUUUAAUGUUGUUGAACGUGACAACUUGCUGAUUUCUAUUUUUUCAUUGCUUCAAACACUCGGAGCAGAUGAGAGACCUGAGGUGAGAAAUUCAGCAAUCCGUACACUAUUUCAAACCCUUGGAACUCAUGGACAAAAGCUCUCUCAGAGCAUGUGGGAGGAUUGUCUUUGGAACUAUGUCUUCCCAUCAUUGGAUCGUGCUUCUCACAUGGCCGCUACUUCAUCUAGAGAUGAAUGGCAUGGCAAAGAGCUAGGAACACAAGGUGGAAAAGCAGUUCACAUGCUUAUACAUCACAGUCGUAACACGGCUCAGAAGCAGUGGGAUGAAACACUUGUAGUGGUCCUUGGGGGGAUAGCUCGUCUGCUGCGUUCUUUCUUUCCCUAUUUAAGAACUUUGAGCAAUUUCUGGUGUGGAUGGCAGUCACUGAUUAAUCUUGUUAAAAAUACCAUCGUGAAUGGUAGUAAAGAAGUUGCGCUUGCUGCAAUUAACUGUUUGCAAACAACUGUUCUGUCUCAUUCUGUUAAGGGGAACUUUCCCAUGGAUUACCUAAGAUCCGUACUUGAUGUGUAUGAGCAUUUUCUUCUAGAGUCAUCAAGCCGCAAUGACAAUGCAACAAGCAGAGUGAAGCAAGAGAUACUAAAUGGACUUGGAGAGUUGUUUUCUCAAGCACAACAGAUGUUUGACAUCGAUAUGUACAAGAAGCUAUUAGAAGUUGUGCAUGUGGCAAUUCAGGACACAGUGACAAUUGAAAAUGCUACAACAGAUGCAGGAUCCAUCCCUCCUUUGCAGCGCACUAUGCUAGAAAUCUUGCCUCUUUUGUGUCCUUCAGAACAUCUCUCUUCUGUGUGGUCCCUAUUUCUUCGUUCAAUUAUACAAUAUCUUCCAAGAUCCUAUUCUGCCUCAAAACACAUAGAUGAUGGCAACCAAGUUGGGGAAGCAGAAUCUAAUCAAGAAGGUAAAAAGUUGUUUAAGAAAGGACCCCCUAAUGGUGUGAUGUCUACAUGUCAAACUUUCACAGAAGAUCCAGUUGAAUCUAGGAUCAUUAUGACUUCCGGCAUGCACUGCAGUAUAUUUUCUGAAAAGCUUAUCACCGUUCUUAUAAAUAUCUUCUUGCGAGCCCCAGAAUCCGAAAAGUGUAUUGUAUAUCCUGAAUUGAUUCAAGCUUUAGGAAGGUGCAUGACAACAAGAAGGGACAUUCCAGAUGGUUCACUUUGGAGACUAGCUGUUGAAGGCUUUAACCGUAUUCUUGUGAGUGAUGUUGGUCGAUUAUGCCAGGGAGGUGAAAGUGAAAUAUAUAUUAACAGAUCUUCAAGAAACCGCAUCUGGAAAGAAGUAGCUGAUGUUUUUGAAAUAUUUCUUGUGGGUUACUGUGGACGUGCUCUUCAGUCCAAUUUUCUGUCUCCUGCUGCGCUGGAGGCUGAUAUAUCGCUAGAUAUGGCCUUUUUAAGUAUUCUUGGUGACAAGAUUCUCAAGUCACAAAUUGAUGCCCCCUCUGAUAUUCUACAGAGAUUAGUUUCCACCAUGGACCGUUGUGCUUCACGCACAUGCUCUUUGCCUGUGGAGACUGUGGAACUUCUGCCUCCCCAUUGCUUCAGAUUUUCCCUGGCUUGUUUGCAAAAGUUAUUUCUCCUGACAAGUUUUGAAAAUGAGAUUCAUGAUUGGAACACAUCAAGAUCUGAGGUCAGCAAAAUUGCUAUCAUGGUGCUUAUGGAGAGAUGUGAACACAUAUUUAACAGAUUUCUGAUAGAUGAAGCUGAUUUGGGUGAACGGUCAUUUCCUGCAGCAAGGCUUGAAGAAGUAAUAUUUGUCCUUCGAGAGCUUGCACGCUUGAAAAUUCAUCCAAAUUCUGCUGCCGUUCUUCCUUUGAAUCCAUAUCUAAAAGAUGUUAGUACAACAGAAGGAAAUAAUGGCAUUCGAGCUCAUCUUUUUGUUCUUCAUCCGUCUCUAUGUGAACUUGUGAUUUCAAGGGAACCUAGAGUGAGGGAAUUGGUACAAGUCCUGUUUAGACUCAUUAGUGAAAUUUUGGGACUCCACAAAUUAACCCAAUCUGCUAAAUCUUAGAAAAGUGACAGGCAAAUGAGCAUUUUUUGUCUUCCAAUUACGUAGGCUAUAGGCCAAUUUUUUUUUUUUUUUUUUUUUUGGUUUCCUCAAUUGGACACUGUAUUAUAGUGAUUCAGUUUUGCAGUAUUUCCUUUAGUAUUAUUUGUACAUUAUAUUAUAGGCAAAGGAAAGAAAUGUACCAUUUGUUGUAAGGUCACCUUUGAUUUCCCUCCACACUCAACUAUUUGUUUGAAUCUCUUAAUAUAUAUAUUCAAGUUCUACCCUUUUUGUUUUGUAUUAGACAAA